CAUUGAUAUGCGACAGAACAUUUAAGGGUUGUUAUAAUAUUUUCGUGAUUUUUAUCAUUAGAGCGUCAUCAAUGGCCCUUAACACGUUCUACAAGGAAUUCCCACCGAACAGCGAUGAAGCUCGUCUAAAAGAAGAGGUUCGUCAACUUCUUGAGGAGAACGAUAGGUCAUAUCUUGAAAGCGCCUUAAAGUCCGAGAUGGAUCAUUUGAAGAAGCGCCAGAAAUUUGCAAACGAACUAGCAAGGCAAAAGCGAUCGAUGGAGCAGACUAUUGCGGAGUUGUCGGAGGAGUUGAAGCACCGCAAAAAUACGCGGAUGAGAAAGAAGGAGGCUUGCCACGACCUCGACGAAUUUAUAAAGCGAAAACGGCAGAUCGAUGAGAAAAUGAAGGUUGACCUUCCAGAAAUGCGCCUGGCAUCCAAAAAAACGUUCUACGAGAGGUUAAAAAACGCCGAGGAGACGUUUGAUGAGAAGCGAAAGGAGAUCGAGAAGCUGAAGGAAGAAAAUGAUGCGCUGGCGGUAGUCGUCGAGUCGCUGCAAAACGAAUACGAAAGCAUGCAUACACAAAUCACUGUUGAGCGUAAGGAGAAGCUAGAGAAAAUUAACAGCAUCUUGGAAACAAACCAAAGCUUUGCCUCCGAGGUUGAUGACCUCCACGUACGGCUGGAGGUAGUUGUGCGAGAGAAAAGCACCCUACAGAGCAGCAUGAUCGCGCUAAAGGACCAGCUGUCUGUCUAUGAAGUUCAGUACGAACACCUUGUCUCCUCAUCUGUGAACCCGGAGGACGUUCAGCGGCUCCUGGAUAAGCAGAAAGCCGACAGUGAAGCACAAAUGGGGCGUCUUCAACAGGAUAAGACAGAGGCGCUGAACCUUCGUGUAAAGCUUGAGAAAGAGCUAGCCGAGCUUCGCAGUCGCCACGUCAGUCUUAAGAAGGAGGUGUCAGACUUGGAGCGCGCGAGGACGGUGGCGGAGAAGAAAUGCCGGAAAGCUCAGGAAUGUUUGCAUAAAAUGUCCCAAGACAUUUGAAGAACUGGGGUAGGCUGAAGGGGGCACAAAGUCCGGCAGCGUGUAUGAUGAAGUGCAAAAAUUGUUUUCACAGAUAUGCACUAAGGGAUGAUCUUAUAAGUGUAUCUGUGAAAUGUAUCGUUAUUCUUUCACGACCUGAGCAUCUUUUUGUUCUGUUUUCUUUGUUUUUUACUGACUGUAUCAUGUAAU